AUGCUUCAUUACAAGGGAUUGCAUCUGGGUAUAGUCUUCAUUUUCAGUACGCAAAGUAUUGAGUGGAUUGAAUCCAGGCUCAAGCCAGAGGACCAUAAGAUUGUAAUUCCCUUCAGAACGAUAUUGUAUUACUUUAUGGCAUGGAAACAGCUUUUUCUGAGCGUGUGGACAGAAAUGAAGCUGUACCCUGAGGACGAUGUCAAAAAGCUCAAAGAGGGCAUUUAUCCGCACGAUAAGCAGCUCACAUUUGAGCUUCUACAGCAAUACCACUCCAUAGUGUUGGCAGAUUUCGUUCUCGACGCUGACGAAGCCAAGGAGCUAUUUGUCAAAUUUUAUGCCAACAAAGGUGCCCCCAAGAAGAAGCAGUACAAGUUUUUGAACUCGGAGUUAAUGGCCAUGAGUCUAAUACUAUGCAUUUCGAUAACUGUUGUCAUCGAUCAAAGAGUUACCGAUCUGCGCCCCUGUGGCAAGUGCUUAAAGUUGGAUUCCAUGCCUAUCGAGCAGCUAACUGCGUUACAAGAAGAGAUGUUCCUCAACUCUGUAUACUACUUCCACACAAUAAGUGUUGUCAGUGAAGGCAUGGCUACUGUGCAAGCACUUUUGCUCUUAGUGGUCCAUUUGGAAACCACCUGGGUUGUGACAGAGAUGAAUUAUUCUUUUGUCAGCAUGGCUCUGAGAUACGCCCAGGAACUUGGUCUUCACAGAUUCGAGACAUUUCAACAUCUACCACAGCCAGAUAUUCAAAAACGAAGCAGGCUUUGGGCGGCGGUACUGUGUUUUGACGUGGAGAUGAGUCACAGAACGGGUAAGCCCCCGCUGGUAAACAUCGUCGACGUUUCUACACUUACGCCCGCCGACCCUUGGUACGUGCCGCAGCUCAUGUCUCAGGCAGACAUUGAAAAGUUUUAUCAGCUUUGCGGCCACCUGCGCUUUUCUUUUGAUGAGGUUUAUGUUCGCUUCUUUCUUUAUAAACUUUCUCAAAUUAGAGCCUUCACAUACUUUCAACUUUUUAGUGCAACUGUCAAGUAUGAUAGUUUGAAAGGCGUUCAGGAUAUUGUCACCUCUCUUAACGGCGAACUUAAGAAUAUAUCGAAUGAGUUGAAGGAAGAGUUUCGUCCUCGCUUUUACUUCGAGCCUGAAUUCGCGUUAAUGUUGGCGAGAUUUUCCGGAGAUGAAAGGAUGAGCAGCGUCAAUGAUGGUAUUCUUUCGUUCCAGCUUGCCUACUUCUUCCAGCUCAUGACCAUCAAUAAGGUUCCUUCGCAGCUCGACCCCAAUCAAGGUAAUACCCCUCCUUAUGAAAACUCACAGUACAGAAAACUUGCCCUUGACAGCGCAAGAACUAUACUUCAUCUUAUUCGCGGCAUCAAUAGAAAAAGUGUCUCGUUCUUCGCCAUGAACUGGAUAAUUACUUAUCCUUUUUUCGCCAUGAUGAACUUGAUUGCUAACUGCCUCAAUUAUUCUGAUGAUAGCGAAGGCGUUACCGACUUGAACUUGCUUAUUGAUUUAUCAAUGAACUUCUUUAAUCACUACACUGAUUUGGCUAAGAAACCCUCAACCGGUGCAUUCUACUUACGUUUGCAUUUAUUUGGCAUUAUUAUUCGUAUUGCUCUUCGUAUCACUGUGAAAGUAUAUGAAGAAAAUAACAAUGUUGACAUAUUGGGCAGCAACCCUCAGCUUAAGUCGCAUUUAGAACAAGUUGAAAAGGAGUUUCCUCAAUUUUAUACAGAAGUGAGCGCUCCUUCCGAUUUGUUGAGUCUCUUGACUUGCAUGCAUCCGUACACAGAUAUAAAUCUGCAAAGUGACGACAGGAAAUUCACGCCCAAUGGUUCGCUUGAUACAUCCUCGAGCGUAUCAAACCAAGACAUUGCUUCGCUAACUUUUCAACACGCGAGCGGCAUGGAGGCACCUUCACCCAAAAAGAAUGACCCUACACUUUCCAACAUACUUCAUCCUGUUGACUUUGCAUCUGCUAGAGAUUCUGAAAGAAAAGACUUCAAUAUCGACGACGACCUAUUGCUCGCCGCGAUAAACCAAGAUUUUCUGGCACUUCCUAAUUUCUUCUUCGAUAAUGGGCUUUAA